AUGAAACCUACCCGUAAUUCACGUACUGCUGGUUCUGAACACGAGGUCCCACCCCAAGCAACCGUGCCUUCUGCUUCUGCUUCUUCUUCUUCUCCCAAGCCCGCAAAACGCCCGCGCCCCGUUACGGGGGAGAAUCCGCCGGCUGAAGGAUCCACCCCGAAAAGACGCCGCCGAGCAUUUUCCUGUCUGUCGUGCCAGAAGUUGAAAUGCAGAUGCGAGUACGACCCUGGCACCCAGGCUUGUCACCGCUGCCAGACUUUGAGGUUAGCCGGAACCGGGGCUCUUGGCAGUUUCGAGCCAAUUGAAUGUUCGCUUCGUGGGGAGCAUGUAGUAUCUCCUCCAAAUCCUAAUCUCGACUACUCUAGCUCAAAUGUGGAAGAAAGGUUACAGCGUUACGAAGAGGAACUCCAAGAGAUCAAGAACAAGAUCAAGGACCUGACGUCUAAGGGCCAGCCACACGAUAAUGAUGAGGCUAUACCCAGCAAAGGCGAUGCCUAUCUGGAGAACGCUUCGCGAGUAUCCCACACGGAGCAUGAGAAUCCCGGUCCUGAGUAUUUCUCGACCCCAGCUGACAAAGGUGCGCAAACUGCGCCGAUUGUAGUGCUCAGAUCGAUAUCGCAGCAGAUAACAAGGGGCUAUAGAAGACUACUAGGCCACAUCAAUAUAGAUCUUGUGCAGCUGCAGCUACUUGAUGAACAUACUGCGAAUGAGCUGAUUCAGCUCUUCUUCCGCUACCAAGGGCACAAUCUCCUCGUAUGCGGCGUCGAUGACCUAAAUAUAGGCAGCGAAAACCGCAAGGUAUCAGCCUUCUUGCACAGCGUAUGCUGUCUGAUCGGUAUAGUCUACCGCGACGACAUAUGCGGGACCGCCAUGCACAGGCAGAUAUACGAGCAAAUCAGGAUCACGCUUGGACAAGCUCUCCUAUCUAGCCCGCUUAACCUCGAAGAGAUCAAUGCAGUGCUGAUUAUGAGCAACAAUGCGAAUAGCCCGAGCAGUAACGGAGCUGAAUAUGUUGAUAGCUGGCUGUUAACCGGCUACUGUGCCAAGCAAGCCAUGCUCAGCAUCAGCUUUUCAAAGAUUGUGAACAACAUCAAACAGGGCAGCUUGACGAGCGAAGACCACAAAGCCAUUCACCUGUGGUCCAAGAUAUGCCUCCACCAUCUCCACUGGGCCGCUACAACGGGAAGGCCAUCCAUCAUACCGAACCAUUAUAUAACCCAAUGCAACAUCCUACUCAGCUUCUACCAGGCUACCAUGCAAGACGGGAUGCUGGUUGCCGAGAUCAUGCUCUACUCCACGCUGCACCAAAAGCUAGCUCACCAGUCGUACCUGGGUAACGGUGGUGAGUGCAAGGAGUUCUUGUCGUGGAAAGAGAAAUGGAACCACUUGCUGGGGCUUCCAACCUCGUCCAUGUUGAGAAUAGGAUACCACGCCGCCUGCCUCAUCCUAGCCGUCAGGUCACUAGAAGAAGUCGGACAGGGGCUACGUCCUCGGGCCUUACUCUCGGAGACCAACGACGACAACACCAGCGACGACGAGAACCACGCACCACCACAGCUUCGAAGAACCACGAGCAAUGACGGCAACGUCCUGCGCGCCAGCGCCUGCAAAUACGCUAUGAUCGUCCUGCAGACGUUUCUCGAAAUGCCGUCCUUCCUCAUGGACGCAGUCCCAACCUGCACCUGUCUCUGCAUCGGGUACUGCGCUCUCCUGCUAGCACAUUACGAAGAGUCGCAGUCGAGGGUCUCGAACCAAGUGAGCAUCGAUCUGAUCACGCGAGUCGACCAGUGGAUCAAGACCUCGCCGGGCAAAGCUUGGUCUUUUAAGUACGGCACCCUGGCCAAACAAAAGAUUGAGUCGCGAAUCAACGGUAGGUCAAGCUCGACGACGGUGCCCCAGCCAUCGGCGAUGAGAGGACAUCCGCAUAGUCGGGAUAAUGUGAGUGCGCCAGUCGGUCCUGGUGAACACGGUAUCCAUGGGCCUGCCCAUGAAGCUACGGAGUACCACGCAGGCGAAGCUUUCUCGGACCCUCAACACCAUGAAUCCGAGGCGAUGUUUUCACUCGACAUGUCUGAGCAUGCGAUAUUUCCCAGCAUGGAGGACUUCUUCGGUGGUGGUUUCUUGGAUUUUAUGGGAUAA